AUGAAUUCAUCAUUUGUAUGGACAAUUAUCUUUGCACUUAUUCAACUCGCUGUAUGUGCGCAUGUUGAAGAUAAUCGAAUUAUUAUCGGAUCGAGCAUCGGUGGUGUACUCGGUUUAAUUAUUUUGAUUCUUGAUUUGAUUGCAAUUUUUGAAUUACUUAAAUCAGGUGGUCGUGGAAUUUGUUCAAAACUCGUAUGGAUUUUGGUCAUUAUCUUCUUUCCAGUUGGCGGUUUGAUUCUCUACUGUUGUUGUGCACGAUCUCGUACUGUCGAUAGCAGCAUUUGA